AUGUCUCACGAGAGAAUGACCCCAGCAACAGCAUGCAUCCAUGCUAAUCCACAGAAGGAUCAGUUUGGAGCAGCCAUCCCACCAAUCUACCAAACAUCAACAUUCGUUUUCGAUAACUGCCAACAGGGUGGAAACAGAUUCGCUGGUCAGGAAUCCGGCUACAUCUACACACGUCUCGGCAACCCAACAGUUUCAAACCUCGAAGGCAAGAUCGCCUUCCUCGAGAAAACAGAAGCAUGCGUUGCCACAUCUUCUGGCAUGGGUGCCAUUGCUGCUACAGUUUUGACAAUCCUCAAGGCCGGAGAUCACUUAAUCUCCGAUGAGUGCCUUUAUGGCUGCACACAUGCUCUCUUUGAGCACGCAUUGACAAAGUUCGGCAUCCAGGUCGACUUCAUCAACACAGCCAUCCCAGGCGAGGUCAAGAAGCACAUGAAGCCAAACACAAAGAUUGUCUAUUUCGAGACACCAGCCAACCCAACACUCAAGAUCAUCGACAUGGAGCGCGUCUGCAAGGACGCCCACAGCCAGGAGGGCGUCUUAGUUAUCGCCGAUAACACAUUCUGCUCACCAAUGAUCACAAACCCAGUCGACUUUGGCGUCGAUGUUGUUGUCCACUCUGCAACAAAGUACAUCAACGGCCACACAGAUGUCGUCGCUGGCCUUAUCUGUGGCAAGGCUGACCUCCUUCAACAGAUUCGUAUGGUUGGUAUCAAGGAUAUCACAGGAUCUGUUAUCAGCCCACACGACGCUUGGCUCAUCACACGUGGCCUCUCAACACUCAACAUCAGAAUGAAGGCUGAGAGCGAGAACGCCAUGAAGGUCGCUGAGUACCUCAAAUCUCACCCAGCCGUUGAGAAGGUUUACUACCCAGGCUUCGAGGACCACGAGGGCCACGAUAUCGCUAAGAAGCAGAUGAGAAUGUACGGUUCAAUGAUCACAUUCAUCCUCAAGUCCGGCUUCGAAGGCGCUAAGAAGCUCCUCGACAACCUCAAGCUUAUCACACUUGCAGUUUCCCUUGGUGGCUGCGAGUCCCUCAUCCAGCACCCAGCUUCAAUGACUCACGCUGUCGUUCCAAAGGAGGAGCGUGAGGCCGCUGGUAUUACAGAUGGCAUGAUCCGCCUUUCUGUCGGUAUUGAAGAUGCCGACGAACUCAUCGCUGAUUUCAAACAGGGCCUUGACGCUCUUUUAUAA